UCUGUCACUAUGUUUCUGUUUGUGUACCUGGUGCUGCUGCUGGUCAGCGGUGCACAGACUGGUUUUUAUGGUGUUGUCUACACCUACUCUUUUCUUGACCUUCAAGAGUCUGGGUACUUCGUCAUCAAUAACGAGAAGCUGAGCUUCAGCUCAUGUGAAGAGUAUGACUUAUUUGUUUGUUCUGGAAACUGCAGUGGGCAGCCAGUUUUUACAAUUGAUGAAAGCAGAGGAGAAUGGUGUCAGAAAGAGUUUCUUUUCGCUUUACCCAAUGCAUCGCUCACUACAUUUUAUACUCCAGCUGUUUAUUCAAACUGGACAGAAAACAGAAAUGGGAUUGAAUUAUCUGCAGCAGAGGUGCGGAUUGAGUUGAGAAACCGGUCUGACAUCCACAAACCCAACUCAUCACCACGGACCAACAUCCUCCCUCUAGUGAGAGUUCCUUCAAACUGUCAGAGAAACAUCAACCUGUUGGUCUCUGACCCAGAUGGAGACGAGGUUAGAUGCAGAUAUGCAGCUGGUUUAGAGUGUCACACCUGCACACCACCGUCUGUGCUCACCGUCUCACCAGCUUGUACUCUGUCAUUCAGUCCCACUAACAGCAGCGCUGAAGGUCCGUAUGCAGUGCAGCUGACAGUUGAAGACUUUCCCAGACAGUCCAUCAUUCUGACCAAUGGCAGUAAUUCACAAGAGGUGAUAACUACCAGCAACUCGCUCAGCAAGAUCCCUGUUCAGUUUGUUUUCAGAGUCGAUCCAGCAGCUCCAUCCUGCACAGAGGGUGUGUAUCUGCCCAGGUUCCUGCCUCCAACUCCUGAGAACGGAGCUCAGAUCUACACCGAUGUUAACCAGACUGUGCAAAUCAACAUCAGAGCCGAGGCAACCCAGGCUGUGAUCACCGAGCUCCUGUUCAGCGGGCCGCUCAAUGUAGCCAAGAGUUCAUCAGGAUCGGGAAACUUCACACUGACGUGGACUCCAUCUGCCAUCGACGCGGAACUGAGCCACACUUUCUGCUUUGUUGUUCAAGCAAAUUCAUCCAGCUCUGUUUACCAGUCUGACCUUCGAUGCAUCUUUGUGACAACUAGAAGCAACCCAACAACCCCAAUUCCUCUGACUACAACUACAGCUACACUCACACCAUCCUUCACAACUACACCUCCACCAAAUACAACCAGACAACAGACGACAACAACUACAACUCUUUCAUCCACCAUCCCAAACUCAACGCCAAACCCAGGACCAUAUUACGUUUUGGCUCUGAAUGCAAAGAUCUCCACUACUCUAUCACUGAAGAAUAACACUGAAGCCAUCCUACAGCAGAUGAAAGAUGAGCUGAUAAGACAAGGGCUGCCAUCGGACAUAAUUCUGAAGCUGAUAAACAGUGUUGAACUGGAAGUUACAAUCACCUGAUCUUUGCUGGGGAAAUGGAUUUUGAUUCUUAAUCUUUCUCUCAUCUGCUUCAUGGGGUUAUGCUUAUUUUAAUCAAUGUUAAUGAAAAUGUACUAUUUUGUUGAAUGUGAAAUAAUAUUGUAAAAUCAGAAGGCUAUUAUGCAUGUAAUUUCCAAUUGUUUAUCAAUUAAUCCAAACUGGGGGAAAAUGAAUGUGAUAUGGAUUUUUUUGGCCUAAUAAUAUAGAUUAGGAAUAAAUCAAAUCUUUUGAGGGACAGUUUUGAGAUCAAAACUUGGGACUUUGUUAGUUUUAAGAAGAACUUGGUGCCCCAAACCAAAGAUCCUCCAUGUACCAGUAACUUAACAUGUAACCCAAACAAUAAAGACAAUAA